AUGGCCAGGGGAACGAACGAUUUAAGAUUUAAUCCGACGUAAUAUCGCAGUAUUAUAGUAAGCAGACUGUGGACUUUCCGUGCGGAUUCCCGUGAACAUUAUUGAAGAAACAGAACCUAAAUAAAAAAACUGUUUCUUCCAUGUAUUAUUAUAAGUAACAAUAUUAUUGAAGAAAUGGAACCGAAAUAAAAAACUGUUUCUUCCAUGUAAUAUUACAAUUGACAAAUAUCUUUGAAUAUUUUACAUGUAUUCUUUCACAUUGCGUGCAUUAUGCGUAUUCUUGUAUCUUCAAGUUUCCCAUAAAUGCAUGAAAAUCCGCAGUCUGAUAGUGAGAUAAAGAAUAUCGAAUAUAAUCACUGAUCGUAAGAUGAUUUCUCCGUCAACGCGAGCAAUAUCGAUCUGCACAGAGUGCGAUAAGCAGCUUCAACGAAACAGUGCAUGUUAAUUUUAAUCUAAAUCCCUAAAGUGAGAUCUCAAAUUUCAUCUAUUCAUCUUUAUAUAUAUAUAAAUGUCGUCAAGAGAGGUUGAGUGAUGGUAAAAAAUUCUCGAAAUGGCGGCGAGUUUUCAACCUGAAAGUGAUGGUUCGACAGGUACGGGGUGCAAUUGAUCCUGGACGACAGGCCGAAGGAUGUGAAGGAGUACACGCCGGCAGUGUUGGUGAUCGUGUUCUUCGGCGUGUUGGCCGGCGCGCAGAACAUGGGUCUGACAUCGCCGCAUCUCGAGGCGUUCGCGGUGGCGCGCGGCUCGGCCGCAGCGAUUUUCCAGGUGCUCGAUCGCAUUCCAGCGGUCGAUAGUUUGAGCAACGAGGGCCAGAGGCUCCCCUCCGUCACCGGCGAGAUCGAGUUCAAGAACGUGCACUUCCAGUAUCCGGCACGAAAGGACGUGAAGGUGUUGCAGGGCUUGAACUUGACGAUCAAUCGGGGCGAGACGGUGGCGCUCGUCGGCGGAUCCGGUUGCGGCAAGUCCACCUGCCUUCAGCUGAUCCAACGUCUCUACGAUCCUAUGAAAGGACAGGCAACUUUAAAAAACAGAAAAAUAUCUAACGAUUCCAAAACUGCUGGUUUGUUGAGUUUUCCUUUGUUUGUUUCGAUGAGUGCUACACGCACUUCAAGUUUGACAUCAACUUUUCUAAACACACCCUGUGUCCUGCUGGACGGCGUAGAAGUGUCGAAGCUGAACGUUCAAUGGCUACGCUCGCACAUAGGUGUGGUCGGCCAGGAGCCAGUGCUCUUUGACACAACGAUACGGGAGAAUAUCCGGUACGGAAAUGACAGCAUUACCGAGGAGGAGAUGAUCAAAGCCGCGAAGGAAGCGAACGCUCACGACUUCAUCAGUAAACUGCCCGAGGUGAGUAGCUUCUCGAACCUGUCCAUCGCGAGCCAGAUUUCAGGUUUCCUUUUCGUUCUCGUUUCGCUUUCCGAUUGAUCCACCAGAGUCACACUUUUCACCAGCUUUCUCGUCUCUAUCCUCCCCCGAACCUCUAGGCGUAUGUGCGAAAGAUCUCCUCCUCGCUCUAGAGCUUCCCGUCCCGACGGAUCCCUAGAAUCCCUCGCACAAAGGCCCCUCUAAUUAAAAUUGUAUCCCGAGGUAGACCGUGAACUCGCUUGGAAUUUUAAUAUCCCCUUUGCGCGUGCUCUCGUUCGUCCGGAUCUAUCUCGUUGAUCGCCGGACUGGCGACGAUCCCGAUGGAAACGAGCGACCUUCGAGUGGUGGGAAAUGAUAAUUUUUUUUUUUUUUUUUUUUUUUUGGGUAAUUAACUACUAGACUAAGUGGUCGAAACCAUUUUACGUGUGUUUUGAAAGAUUUAAAUAA